AUGAUUGGAUUGUGGAAAGAUAACGGAUAUCAACAAACUUAUCACUCAUGUCAAUUACGGAAGGAAGAAGUGAAAAGAGGAAAGAGGAAGGCGGUAGCGGAGCAGCAAGAUGGAUACAGACGACGGCAAGAUAGCGCUGAUGAUAAUAGUGGUAGUAUGGGCGGAGCUUUGAUCUCACCCGCUAUUGUUGCCGCUGCCCGAUAUGCGGUCAUGGUUGCGGCUGCCAUCCGACAGCAAAUGCGGUGUUGUAUGCCCGCGGUGGUGGAUAAUCAGCUUCAGAAAUUCGAAAACGAUCCAGAAAUCAGGCAGCUUGUUGGUCCAUCACAAAUAGCUUUUUCCGGAUUGCCGCAUGCACCACCGGUGGAACGACGCAACGCAUUAUUGCAAAGCUGUACUGAUCAGCAGCAACCUCGUUUGCCUAUCACAUUCACACAGUUUGGCUAUAAUAGUGAUUUUCCCUUAUCUUCUUGUACAAUUGGCCAGGAGGAGAUAACUUUUGAAAGUCGAUUCAUCCUGAAUGGUGUUUGCGUAAUUUUACGUGGUAUUCUGAAUCGUGAAUUGAUGACCGGUUCAAGUACAUUACAAUUUGAUGAACAAAAAGCUGCUGAAGAGGAGCUUCAUCGACAACAAGCAAUGCAACAAUAUGGUGAUCGAAUACAGGCUAUUCGGCAGAGGUUUAAUUUGCCGCAAAGUUGA